UCUCAAGUUUCAGCUUCAAGCUCUGGUCUAAAGUAGAGAGAGAGAGGCAUAUGGGAGAGACACAGACAGAGGAGAGAGAAACAGAGAGAGAGGAAAAUAAUAAAAUGGGGUGUCUCAAAAGAAGGUUUAAACAUGGUGGGUGAUUUCAUUAUAUAGAGGCACUGGAGGAGUAGAUUCUGGUUAGAGAAAGAGAGAGUGUGUGUGUUUGGUCUCUGGGUUUAUUGGAGGGCUUGAAACAUGGUGGAUGAUUUCAUAGUUUAUGUGGAUGGUUUGAUCAGUACAGCUUGCUUUGAAUCAGCUUCUUCAGGAGCAGAUUUACUGAACAACAAUGUAUCUGUAAAUUGUAAUGUAUCUUCAGCGAAUAACAAUGGUGGGUCUUUCAGUAGAGAGGGUGGGUGCUCAGAGAGGACUGAGAAAGGGGAUGUGAUUGAGUGUAGGAUAUGUCAGGAAGAAGACGAGUUACAUGCAAUGGAGGCUCCCUGUGCUUGUAAUGGAACUCUAAAGUUUGCCCACAGGAGAUGUAUUCAGAGAUGGUGUAAUAAGAAGGGGGAUAUCACUUGUGAAAUCUGCAAUCAGAUUUAUGCACCAAAUUACUCUCGUCCACCAGCUAGACCAAUCUCUGAUGGAAGGAUGAUUGAUAUCAGACAAAGUUGGGGCGGACAGAUUGACAUGCAUGAUUCUCGACUUCUUGCUUUAGCAGCUGCUGAGCAUCGGCUACUGCAGGCUGAAUAUGAAGAGUAUGCUGCGGCCAAUUCCAGUGGCAUGGCAUGCUGCCGCUCUGCUGCCCUCAUUUUAAUGUUACUUCUUCUUUUGCGCCAUGCUCUCGCCGUCACAAGGGACUUUGGGCCUUUGCAGGACGGCUCAACUUUCUUCUUGGUUUCUAUCUUCCAAAUUGCAGGCUUCCUUUUGCCGUUCUAUGUGAUGGCACGAGCAAUUUACAUUUUACAGAACCGAAGGAGGCGGCAGCAACUUUGAGCAUCCCAUUGAAAGCCAAUGUAUAGAAGUUUGUUGCUGUCUUUUGUUUUUACCUUUUUGAGUUUUAACUUGAAUUAUGAAAUGCGGAUGCAUACAUGAAAAUUCAUGUAUGUUUUGAAAUUUGCUGUUGCUCGGGCAAAAGAAUUAUUGUCCGGUGAUUUGAUCUUCAAAGCUCCUUUGCAAGCAAUGUAUAUAUCCAAAAUUGUUUCGUGUUGAUGAAUGAAUUUAGUCCUUUAUGUUC